AUGAACAUUGAAACGGGUCGGGUUUUAAAUCGAUCGAGAUCAUGGUCUGAUCUUCCCAUCGAGAUUCUAUCUUGUAUUGCAGACCGAUUAAGCAUAAUCGAGCUCUUAAGUUUCCGUGGAACAUGCAAAGAUUUUCGCUCUGCUUCAUCCGCUGCCAUAGCAGCAGAUGAAUAUCCAUGGCUACUAUUUCACAAACCCAACAGUUCCGAAUGCCUGAUCCACGACGAACCAAGAUCCGUAUCCUACAAACGCAACAUUCCAGAUCUUCAAGGGGCAACUUGCCUCGCAUCUUAUCAAGGAUGGCUCCUAGUAUUCAAAGACGAAUCUGUUUUCUUCUUUUGCCCUUUUUCUCUAGCUAAAAUCGCGCUUCCUAAAUUCCCACACAACCAAAUCGAAGGUCACGUGGCAGCAUUUUCAUUCCUGCCUACCUCUCCUGACUGCAUGGUCGCGGUACUUAACGCAACAGAUAAGUAUUAUAAUUUUGAAAUAAACAUGAUUUCAAAAGGGCAAAGCGAAUGGACUCAACACAAAAUAUCAAGAUGUUGUUUAUCAUCCAGACUUACUUUAGCCACAUUCGAUCACAAGAGUAAAAACUUUUGGUACAUGGAUGAUGAGAAGUCUUUACUCGCCUUUUCCGCUAUAGAUAAUAGCUGGGAACCACGUCGAAUCCAGAACGAUCCAAACGUAGCCAGGGGCGAGCCGUUACCUUAUUUUUAUUGGUAUCAUUACUUAGGUGACACAAUUGAGCAAAAGAGAGACAAGCUGGAUAUUGAAGAUGAUGAAUAUGUUGUUGUUUGUGGACUAACUUUCCAUCACCCGGCAUUGAAUUUCCCAGCUGUGUAUCAAAAUGAAGUCGUGGACAGGUCUCCUACUAAAACUCGUAUGCGUAGGGCCGUUUGGAUUCAACCACGGUUCUUUGAAGCUCAUCCCAACCAGCAUUGGUAG